UAACUUAGUGGAUGUGAUAACUAGUAGUAAAUCCCUUUGAAAGAUUGAUUAACGUUAUGAUGCAGCUUGUGGUGUUGUGCAUAUAAAGAAGUACUAAUGUUCCAUCUUAAAUACUAAAUACAUUGUCCAUCAUCUCUCACGAUGGAGAUUUUGCGGGAUGAUGAAGAACAAGAGCUCAAAUAUAAACGUACGGGUCGUUUGGACAUGAGCCAUGGUUUCUUACACCACAUUCGAAGGAACCAGAUUGCCAGAGAUGACUAUGAUAAGCAGGUAAAGCAGGCCAAUGAGCGUCAGAGGGCCAGGCUCACCACUACCCCCCGACGCCCCCGCCGGCCAGAUAUCCAAGUGUACCAUCCUCGACGUGGAAAUGGAUCUGAGCCAGGAGUGGGUGCAGAGACUGAAGAGUGGAAUGAGAGUGGGUCGAGUACAGAGCCAGAGACCCAUGGAACUGAACUCUUCUGGCUGGACUACCAGGCUGACUCUGGCUGUGUCACCUCCUUCAUUGUACACAAGGAGGACAAGCCAGAGAUUGUGGUGGAGCGUGUAGCAGAGAAGAAUCUUCUGGACUCAGCCAUGAGGGUGGCACUGCAGGCCCGGGUUCGAAAGGAAAUGGAUAAACGUCUGGACAAACGCUGAAGGAAUUGAAUGAAGUUAACAGUGAUGAGAGGGGUGAGGAGGAGUCAGAGGCCUCUGUUUACCCUUCAGCCAACCCUCUUCCUGUAUGUAAGGAAUGCUAGUAGCAGAGGACUACUGUGGACCCACAUUCUGAGAGACUGUUAACCAGGAUCUGAAUGACGUCACACAGCCACGCCGUCCCCUCUGUGCUAGUGUACAGCCAUGGGGAAAAGACUGACUUACAGAAGGGUAAAAACGGAGCCGUCCUCACAUCUCUUGUAUUGGGCUGGCAUCUCUGACCCUGGGUCAUGUCUGUAAGGGGCCCUGUGAAACUGCCGUUGUCUUGUGGUUGAAUGGGCCAUUGGCUGUCAACCUGCUCCAAAGGACAGAGCCGUGAACAUGGGCCCCUAUCUGAGCCACACCAGGGUAAGGCUGGGCAGUAUACCAUAUUUUACAAUAUACCGGUAUUGACACACGGACUGGUUUGGGGUUUUACUUUACCUUCUGCAUGGUCAAUGCAGCACAUACAACAAUGUUGAUGACAACAAUGCUGUUUUCAUUUAGCUUCUUAAUAUAAAUCUACAAGCAUUCUAUAAUUACACUAUUAGUUUCUGUUUCUUACAUCUGUAAAUCUCUAGUUCGGCUUGUCUUAGCAAGUUGGGCCUAAAUCCUGUUAGUUACUAAUGCUAAUUGCUAGCUAGCUAAUAAAUGUACUGAAUCAGAGCAAAUGUAAUUAGCUAUACAGCCUGAUAAGACCAGUGAUGGUGUAGACCUAAAACAGCAUGUUUGUGCAACAGUAUCUUCUAAAUCAAAGAGGAAGCAAGAAUGUUAGCUACAUGAAGGUAAGAGAAAACAUUCAAUGUAGCCACAGAUUGAACAGUCCCCUAGAAACACUUAUCAACACUUUUGUUCCUAGUUCCUACCCUGUCCCAAUAACUCCUCCCUGGCAUUUUCAUUCAUUGUUAUGUCAAACACUGUAUUCAAAGUGCCAACUAUUAUUCUAACUAUAGAAUUAGAAUAAUCAUUCUAUUUCCAUAAUUCCAACAGUUCACCCAAGUGUUUUUCUCUAAAUCGUAAGUCAAAUUGCAACAUUUGGUUAAAAAUAAGGCACAGACUGUUUGCCCUUAUCGUGCAGCCUUACGUGGAAAUGAUCUCAAAUGAGUGCAACAAAUGUAUUAAAAUGCACAUUUUGGGGGGGGGGGUUGAAGUUGAAUUGAACAGUAUAAAACAAUCUGAAUGGAGAAAGACCCAUUGAAAUCACUUAGAAUGUAUGUCUUUCCACCCUAGAGUCAUACACUACUCAUAAAUAACAUUGAGAUUUUAUUAGACUUUUUGUUUUAAUACUGUGAUAUUUUGGCCAUAUUAACCCCCACACCCACCAGAGGCCACUUUUUUUUUAUGAACCUUUAUUACAACUAGGCAAGUCAGUUACUGCCAAAUGGGACUCCAGAUCACAGCCAGUUGCGAUACAGCCCAGGAUUGAACCAGGGUCUGUAGUGACACCUCUAGCACUGAGAUGCAGUGCCUUAGACCGCUGUGUGCGGCAGUUUCAAGGGUGCGUGCACACAAGCCUUGCAUGCGGCAGUUUUCCCGCAGAGGUUGGUAUUUAUACAUUUUGAACUAUUCCCACGCAAAUCUCAGACCAUGCGUACCCACAACUUCUAGUUGUUGUCUGAUUGUUCAAUAGAAAAUCAAUCUUGCAGAAUGCGUGGCCUUUUCUCACUGUAGACGUAAUGCAUUAUUUGUUUAAAAAAGGUAAUGGCAAAAGAUGAAAACAUUCUGCCCACACCUCUACAGAAAUGUGAUCACAUUUGCCAUUGUGCUUUCCUUUAGCAACUAUCACAGCCCAGUUCCAACAUCUCCAAAUAAUACAGCAAAUGAAGGCCUUGUUGUUACCAUAAAAGAUGAAUGGAGGGCAUUUUCCCAGCAGAGGUGUAGCGCUUGUUCUCACACACAUAUGGUUUAGCUCCGAUUUACCAAUUAAGCUUGCAUAUGUGCAAAUGUUUGAUAAAUCCCAAUUUGUUUGAAUUCAAAUCCUAGAUGCUCCACGUACGCCAAAAUUUAGUUUGAAAUGUAUCCGCGUUGAUAAAUGAGGCCCUAAUCCCCAGAAACUGGGACGCCACCCCUGUGAAUUUCUUUUUCACCACACAGUGGCAUCCUCUUCCCCAUAGAAAGUGUGCUGUGUUUACAAAAUGUGUACUUUUUGUUUAAAUGGAUGUGGUUUAAAUCCAUUGGAGGCUGCUGAGGGGAGGACGGCUCAGUUUAAUGGCUGGAAUGGAGCAAAUGAAAUGGCAUCGAACACAUGGAAACCAUGUGAUUGAUGUAUUUGAUAUCAUUCCACCCAUUACCACAAGCUCUUCCUCCCCAAUUAAGGUGCCACCAACCUCUCGUGUUUACAUUUUAUUUGGCAAAGUGAUGUGACUGGGAUGUCAUUGCAGUUAUGUUUUUUUUGUUUUCAUGAAAAAGUUACCAUGUUGAUUUGCUGUCUGCAGGGUUACAUGAGGUCACUGUGACUCAAUGUGACUAAGGCAGGAGAGCAAAUCAAUUGGUCAUAGCUGAUUCUUGUUUGUUUAAAAAAUGUGCUGUGGUCAUGACUUCUCUAAUUUAUUUUGUGAUUGUCCUAUAUGUUCUAAGAGUUUAUUUUUUUAUACUGUCAUUUUCUGGAAAGGUCCUUAUUGUUUCAGUAUUACAUAUAUUAAAUAUUUAUUUUCCAAAGGUG